AUGCGGUACAAAGGAGCAGCGGCAGCAACUUUCUUUAUCAGCACUUUGACAAUUCUUGCACAGUUAACACUGUUACCAGCACUUUACAAUCGUGUUAACUUACUAGCAGAUAAAAGUGACGAAGGCUUAGCCAAAAAACGUGAAGAGUUAUUGCGAUAUAAAAGAUCAGAAAGUUUCUGUCCACCUCCAAAGCCAGGAUUACAAGGACCACCAGGAGACUCGGGUGAAGAUGGCGAGCAAGGAGAUGAUGGACCACCUGGAGUUCGAGGAAAAAGUACGCAAGAAAUACUUGACGAAAUCGAACAACAAUGCGUCAUUUGCCCGCAAGGAGAACGCGGGCCUUCUGGUGCACCUGGAAACCAAGGAAUACAAGGGCCUAAAGGAGAGAAGGGUAUCCCAGGAAUUCCUGGAAGAGACGGUCUAGAUGGUGAUACUGGCUUUGAAGGUCCAGAAGGGUUCAAAGGAAGCGCCGGAAUGAGGGGCUCUAAAGGAAGUGAUGGAAAAGCGGCUUCAGGUGGAAUCGGAGAACCUGGCCCCAAAGGUAUAGCUGGACCUAUUGGAAGAACUGGACCCCAGGGGCCUCGAGGUAAACGAAAUUAUGUAUAUGGAGUUCCUGGACCAGAUGGCAAACGAGGUGUCAAAGGGAUGGAUGGCCUUCCAGGAAGUUUUGGUCCAAGAGGUAAACGAGGAUCGGUCGGAGAAACUGGUGCUAAUGCACUAUUUUGUCCUUGUCCUCUAGAGAUGGAUUUACUUAAUAAGGAAUAUUCUGUAAGUAUUCGUUUUUUGAGCAAUGAAAUCACACACUGA